GACUCCCCAUGGCCUCCCCACCAAGGGCUGGGGUGAAGCGGGCAGCAGCCGACGGGGCCGUGGGGUCCCCGGGGAAGAAGGUGUCAAGGGAGGAGGAGGAGGCUGUGCGUCCCGCCAUCAAGUUGCCCUCCCCAGGAAAGGACUGUGAUGGGAAUGGGAGUCCCCCUCGCCUGGCUGACUCCAUGGCCUCCACCCCAAAGAAGCCCAGGCCGAAGCCCCUGGGGUCCAAGCUGAAGCCUGCCCCCAAGCCAAAGGUGCCUGACCAGAGAGAGGAGUUGGAGCAGGUGGACAAGAGGCUGGAAAGCUCGAACCAGGACCUGAUGAAGAAGAACCAGCACCUGCAGGACCUGGCCGCGCAACUGGUGAAGGAGACCUGCUCCAUCGCUCUGGAGUACUGGGACCUGAAGGAUAAGGUGAUAUCUUCAGAGACCACAGGGCGGGACAUCGAGGCCACGGUGAAGAACCUGCAACAGGACAUCAAGAAGCACGUGGAGCUGCAGGAUGAGAUGUACUGCUCAGAGACCAAGUCGCCGGAUAUGGAGACCACAGUGGAGAACCUCCAACGGGACAUCAGAAGUCAGUACAAGAGGGAUAAGAAGCUCGAAAAGCACCUGGCCAAGGCCUUAAAGCAGAUGAAGAAGAACAUGUGGAGGCUGUGGCUCUGUGUCAGGAACAAGAUCUGCCCCAGCCCAGCUGAGCUGGUGGCCCCCACCCCCAAGAAGCCCUGGCCCAAAUCCCCGGGGCCCAAGCUGGAUCAGCCAGGCCAGAGAGAGGAAUUGGAGCUGCUAGAUGAGGGGCCAAAAGGCUCAAACCAGGACCUGAAGGAGACGAAGUAUGUGCUGAAGAAGUACUGUCGCAUCUCACUGGAGUUCGUGAAGCUGCACGACACAGUGAAGAAAUCAAAAACGAAGCUGCUGGAAAUGAAGUCCUUGGUGGAGGACCUGCAGUGCAACAAAAGGAAGCAGCUGGAUGAGAACAUGCAGGGGUUGCUGCAGCACUGUGAUGGGGAUGGUACCUGCCUUGGUCUGAUUGAGCCCAUGGCCCCCACCCACGAGGAGCCCAGGCCUGAGCCUGCCCCUGCAGGGCCUGAUCAGAGAGCACCACGAGCUCCAACUAACUGGAGACUUGGCAAGCUUCUGGGUCAAGGUGCAUUUGGCAAAGUAUAUCUAUGCUAUGAUGCUGAUACAGGAAGAGAAUUGGCAGUUAAACAAGUUCAGUUUGACCCUAACAGUCCAGAAACCAGCAAGGAAGUAAAUGCACUUGAAUGUGAGAUUCAGCUGCUGAACAACCUGCCCCAUGAGAGAAUUGUUCAAUAUUAUGGCUGCUUGAGGGAUCCCCUGGAAAGAACCCUCUCCAUAUUCAUGGAGUACAUGCCAGGGGGUUCUAUCAAGGACCAGUUAAAAGAACACGGAGCGCUCACAGAGAAUGUGACCCGAAAAUACACCCGACAGAUUCUGGAGGGAGUUCGCUACUUGCACAGAAAUAGGAUUGUACAUAGAGAUAUUAAAGGAGCAAAUAUUCUGCGAGAUUCAGCAGGCAAUGUGAAGCUUGCAGAUUUUGGUACCAGCAAACGACUUCAGACUAUCUGCCUUUCUGGUACGGGAAUGAAGUCAUUCACAGGGACUCUAUACUGGAUGAGUCCUGAAAUUAUCCGUGGAGAAGGGUAUGGCAGAAAAGCAGAUAUCUGGUACGUUCCCAUCUACCAAGAGGUAUUCGCAUACUGCCCCAGAUAA